AUGAGGAAAAGUGUUCCUAAGUGUAAAACUGUUGGAAAGAGCAUUACAGAUUCUUCAGUCUUCUUCUUAGGGAAGAACCUUCCCAAGUGCAGCAAAUUCAGGAAGCCCUUCAGUUACCACUCAGACCUAAUUAAAUUUCAUAGAGAGCAGGCUGAAGGGAAGCUACACAAAGACAAUGAAUGUGAAGUAGCCUUUGGCAGAAAAUCAAAUUUUACUGGACACCAGAGAAUUCAUCCUGGAAAGAAGCUUUCUGAGAGGAAUAAAUAUUGGAAAACCUACAGUUGCCAGGGAAGAUCGAUUAAACAUAAGAGAGUUAAUGGCAUGGUGAAAUCCUUUGAAUGUAGUGAAUGUGGGAAAGAAUUCAGCCUGAGGGGAUCCCUCAUUUCUCAUCAGAGGAUUCAUAGGAGAGUGAAACCUUUUGAAUGCAAUGAAUGUGGGAAAACCUUCAGUAUAAGGGGAAGCCUGAACAGACAUCAAGGAAUCCAUACGGGAGAAAAACCUUUUGUAUGUAAUCAAUGCUUUAGCCAGAGGGCCAACCUAGUUAGGCAUCAGAGAACUCAUACUGGAGUGAAACCUUUUGUAUGUAGUGAAUGUGGGAAAGCCUUCAGUACAAGGGGAAGUCUUAAUAGACAUCAGAAAAUUCAUACUAGAUUGAAACUCUUUGAAUGUGGUGAAUGUGGAAAAGCCUUCUACAAGAAAGGAAAGCUUAUUAUACAUCAGAAAACACAUAUUAAACUUAAACUGUUUGUGUGUAAUGAAUGUGGAAAAGAUUUCAGACAGAGAGCAGACCUAAUUUAUCAUCAGAGAACUCAUACUGGAGAAAAGCCCUUUGUUUGUAAUGAAACUUUCAGCAAGAUGGAAAAGCUUAAUAUACAUCAGAGAAUGCAUGAUGGAGAGAAAUCUUUUGAAUAUAAUGAAUGUAGGAAAGCAUUUAGCAAGAGGAGAAUACUUAUACAUCAGAAAACAUGCACUGGACUAAAACCCUUUGAAUGUAAUGAAUGUGGGAAAGCUUUUAGCCAGAAGACACACCUCAUUUAUCAUCAGAGAACUCAUAGUGGAGAGAGACCCUUUGAAUAUAGUGAGUGUGGAAAAGCCUUCAGUGAGAAUAAAAUGCUCAGAAGACAUCAAGGAACUCAUACUGGAGUCAAAACCUUUGAAUGCAAUGAAUGUGGGAAACAUUUCAGGUGGAGGACAAACCUUAUUACCCAUCAGAGAACUCAUGUUGGGGAGGAAUACUCUGAAUGUGAUGAAUGUGGGAAAGCCUUCUCCAAGAGAAGAAGGCUUAUUAUAUAUCAGAAAACACAUACGAAACUCAAACUUUUUGUGUGUAAUGAAUGUGAGAAAGGGUUCAGAAGAAGAGCCGACCUUAUUACCCAUCAGAGAACUCAUACUGGGGAGAAACCCUUUGAAUAUAAUGAAUGUGGGAAAGUUUUCAGCCAGAGUGGAACUGUUAUUGGCCAUAACAGAACUCAUACUGGAGAGAAGCCCUUUGCACGUAAUGAAUGUGGGAAAGCCUUCAGCUGGAAAACAAGCCUUAUUAUUCAUCAGAGGACUCAUACUGGAGAGAAAGCCUUAUAAUGCAUGGAUGUAGGGAAAGUCUUAAGCAAUUGCAUUUAAAAGCCAUCAAAGAACUCAAAAGAAUUCACACUGGAGAAGAGGCCUUUGUAGUGAAUAUAGGAAAGGCUUCAGCUGGAAGGAAGUCUUGUUACAUGUAGAAAACUCAUACUGGGGAAAAAUCCGCUGAUUAUAAUGAAUGGAAAAGGCUUCAUCAAGACGUCAUGCUGGAGAGAAUGGUAUCCAGUGAAUCAAUCAAGUAUUUAUUAAGUGCUUACAACAAUGUCAGACAAUAUGCUAAAUAGUGGGGAUACAGAGGUAAAAGAGAUUUAGUCCUUUCCCUCAAAGAGUUUACAUUCUAAUCCAGGAGACAGCAUGUGGAUGUGUAAGCCUGUUUGUGGCAUGUACAAAACAAAUGCAAGUUGGUUUAGGGAGGGUACCAGUGGCUGGGAGACCUAAGAAUCCAUGUAAUAAUGUGGUACUUGAGCUGACAUCUGAAGGAAAUAGGAAUUCUAGGGGUGGAGGUGAGGAGGGAAUGAAUUUUAGGCAUGGAAGGGAGCCAGCCUGAAGACUCAGAGACAAGAGAUAGAAUAGCCCAAUAUGGCAGCAUUGCAAAGUUUGAGAAGAUGAGUAAUGUGUAAGAUUGGAAAGGUAGGAAGGGAUCAGAAUGUAAAAGAUUUAAUGUCAAACAGGAGAAUUUAUUUGGUAAUGGUAGCUAGCACUGAUAUAGCACUUAACGUGCUUUGUAAAUGAUGAGAUAUGGGCCCAAGCUGAGACCUUUGCCCAUCACCCUAAAAAGAAUUUGGGUCCCAUUUGUCUAUGAGCCCCAGAAAACCCUUGAACUUUCUUUGAACUCACUUCCUCACUUCCUCUGGCAGUUGCCUGAAGCUAUUAUCCUAAACCCAAUCUCCCAAUUCUUUGUUACUCUAAUUAAGCCUAGCCCUCCAUUGUCUAUUACAGGAUGGGAGGCCCC